AAUCCUAGCCCCAAUCUGAACUCAUAUCUUAUUGCAGUCAGGAUCCUUGAAACGCUCAACUUUGUUGUAAUCUACUACCGUAAUUAUGCCUUUGUUCCUCCUCUCGCUCUGCCAAGGACUGCUCUUCAUUUCCAAUACACGCUCCCAACGGAGCGUUAUCCUCUUGGCAUGCCUCCAUCUAUUAAUCACGCUCUUACCCUUCUACUCUUCACAUAA